GACGUUCUAGGCUGUGCUUAUCAUGCUCGAAGUCAGAUCAUGUUCGCGACCAUUGGCAGACUUAGAGAAGGCAUUCCAUCGACUCUGAAUGCCUUCUGCACGAGUGACUACAGAAACGGCUCCAGUCCUCAUCUUUGGGGUUUUCCCAACUACGAAGUCAACACGUUGACAGAUUCCGAUUAUGAUGAACAAGGCGAUUAUAGGCACAAACAGUCAUCACAGCCGGCCUACACUGAAGAAAUCCUCCGCUUCAUCUCAGUUUACCACCCAACUGUCGAUGACAAGUGCGAUAGAGUCUUCCUUCUCGACACUGGAGUGAUUAGAACGACAGAUGACAAACGUUUCCAUGUCCAAAAACCAUCAAUUAUCGUAUUUGGACUUCCGUCUAAUGGCUGUGCUUCGAGGAAUUUUCCCUUGAUUCAGAAGAUUGAGAUUCCUGACGAGCUCUACAAUGAUCCUCUUGGUAUCGUCUACCUACAUCUGGACUUCCAGCCGAAGGGUGGCUGUGAUGAUCUGAUGAUCUACAUUACCAACACCUUCGAUCAUUCCAUCAUCGUUUUUGACUAUGCCAAGAACGAUUUCUGGUUAUUCGCCAAUCACUCAUCACUCGUUCCGGUGCCAGGCGAGGAUCAAAUUGGAGACUACGUGAUUGAGUAUGGCAUCCUCUCUGCCACCCUAGGCUGGCCAGAUAAGAAGGGCAACAGGAUAUUCUACUACGCUCCCGGAGCCAGCACAGCAGGAUACGCCGUGACGACGAAAACGCUGAAGAACCGGCGCAAAUCCUCGGCACACUACUAUGGCAGUGAGUUCAGAAUUGUAGGCUACCUAGGCUGUGCUGGCAACAAUCACAGGCUAUUCUUCGAUCCCACUUGUGGAGUUAUGUUUUUCGGUCAAAUGAACUCCGGCGCUGUGAAGUGUUGGAACGUGGCGAAGCCCUACAAUCCUAGCAACAUAGCAACGGUUUUCCAAUCGCAGGACGACGAACUGUUUACGGACGUGUUUGUGGACAGUGAAGGCUACCUUUGGAUGCACUCUAGCAAAGUGCACAAGAUUCUGGCUUCGCAGGAGCCUCUUGAUCUUCAUCAAGUCAACUCGGCGACGUACAAAGUGAAAGUUCAGGACGCCAUCAGAGGGACAGUUUGUGAAAAUGAUGGUUAUCCUGAUGAUGAAAUAACUUGGCAAUACUUAGUUGAGUAGAUCUGCUUAAAUAAAACAUUAGUUCGAUCAAGUUGAUCUUUAUUUUGCAGUAUUAAAGAAGAUUCGGCAAACUAGUGAGAUUCGAUCCAGAGUAUCUAGGCUUCACAUUCGCCCUCCUCCAGGCUGU